UUGUUCCCGCAGAGAGAGAGAGAGCUUCGAGAGAAGAUGGCGGCCGUGUCAAGCGGAGGCGCUGCUGGGUCCGCUGCGGCCGGGAUUACGCACUCCGCCCGGGGUAACCACGCCGUCAUGGGCUCCCAGAAUCGACCCCAGCCGUCCUCCGGUAUCACCCACCCGUGUCGCACCAGCACGGCCCCCGGGUGCGUCCCCAGCCCGGGCCACACGGCGGCCGCCACCAGGCCCCCCGGCCCGAGUGGGCCACUACGAGAUCGAGCGCACCAUCGGGAAAGGGAAUUUCGCGGUCGUUAAACUGGCCACGCACAUCAUCACCAAAGCAAAGGUGGCUAUAAAAAUAGUGGAUAAGACCCAGCUGGACGAUGAGAACCUGAAAAAGAUUUUCAGAGAGGUUCAAAUCAUGAAGUUGCUGAAGCACCCCCACAUCAUCCGCCUCUACCAGGUGAUGGAGACAGAGCGGAUGAUCUAUCUGGUAACAGAGUACGCUAGCGGUGGAGAGAUAUUCGACCACCUGGUGGCUCAUGGGCGUAUGGCGGAAAAGGACGCCAGGAAGAAGUUCAAACAGAUUGUGGCAGCAGUCCAUUUCUGUCACUGCCGCAACAUCGUCCACAGAGACCUGAAGGCUGAGAAUCUGCUUCUGGACCACAACCUCAACAUCAAAAUCGCAGAUUUUGGCUUCAGUAACCUGUUUUCUCGAGGACAGCUGUUGAAGACUUGGUGUGGCAGCCCUCCCUACGCUGCACCGGAACUCUUUGAGGGCAAGGAGUAUGACGGACCUAAAGUAGACAUAUGGAGCUUAGGUGUGGUGUUAUAUGUGUUGGUGUGCGGGGCCCUGCCUUUCGACGGCAGCACUCUACAAAAUUUGCGGGCGCGUGUCCUCAGUGGCAAGUUCCGCAUCCCCUUCUUCAUGUCCACAGACUGUGAGUACUUGAUCAGACACAUGUUAGUGCUUGAGCCCAGCAGACGGUUGACCAUGGAGCAGAUCUGUAAGAACAAGUGGAUGAGACUAGGAGAUCCAGACCCAGACUUCGACAGGUUGAUAGCGGAGUGUGAGCAGGUGAAGACGGAGAGAGAGAUUGAGCUCAUCAAUGAGCAGGUGCUGAUAGCCAUGUGUGAGAUGGGCCUGGAUCGAGAACGCACACUUCAGUCUCUACAAACAGAUGCAUACGAUCACUACAGCGCCAUCUACAGUUUGCUGGCUGACCGCCUCAAGAAACACAAGACCCUUCGUGUUGCCCCGCCCACACCGCGCUCCAUUAGCUAUCCUCUUAACGCCGUACAGCAGACGGAUCCACAGGGUAAUCCUGUUAGCAUGACCGUCCCCCAUGUCCAGCUCAUCAACCCAGAGAACCAGAUUGUUGAGCCGGAUGGCAGCAUGGCACUGGACAGCGAUGAAGGGGAGGAACCAUCUCCCGAGGCCAUGGCUCGCUACCUUUCGAUGAGGCGGCACACUGUGGGAGUACCAGACCAAAGGACAGAGAUGCAGGAAGACCUCCAGAAACUGCCACCGGGUUUCCCUCGCGGUGCAGUUCCCCAGCCCCCUUUCCCCCACCUGGCCCCCAAUAUGGGCCAGAUGCACACCCUCAUGCCCACCCAGAGCCUGCAGCCCACACAGCAGCUGGAGUACAAGGAGCAAUCGUUGCUGCAGCCACCUACCCUGCAGCUGCUCAACGGCAUGGGGCCUCUUGGUCGAAGAGCUUCCGAUGGCGGGGCCAACAUUCAACUACACGCUCAGCUCCUCAAGAGGCCCCGGGGGCCCUCGCCACUUGUUGCCAGCCCGCACCCAAUCCCUGCAGUAGCUCCGGUGGAUGAGGAAGGUUCAGACGGAGAGCCAGACCAAGAGGCAGUACAGAGGUACCUGGCGAACCGCUCCAAGCGGCACACGACGCACGCGCUCACGAGCACAUCGCAUGGCGAGCCCUCGGCAGAGUCACAGCGGCCCCAAGGCCCCCGCCAGAGGGGGGGCUGGGCCCCCGACACACACACCCGAUCCAGCUAUAAGGACUGUAACACCCUUCAUCUCCCCAUGGAGCGCUUCUCUCCUGUCAGACGGUUUUCUGACGGCGCAGCCACCAUCCAGGCCUUCAAGGCUCAUCUAGAGAACAGCAGCCUCAUUAAGCAACUCAAACAGGAGUGUGAGCAGCUCCAGAAAAUGUACGCUGCCCAGCAGGAUGAGCGAUUCCUGGAGCACACGCAGCAACAGCAUAUCCUCUACCAGCAAGAGCAACAAAUCCUCCACCAGCAAAUCCAGGGUCUGUCUUUAGGCCAUGGAGAGAGCCAGCCCAGUCACCUAACCCACCAGCUCCAGAGGUUGCGCAUCCAGCCCUCCAGCCCUCCGCCAACACAUCCCAGCAACCACCUCUUCAGACAGCCCAACCAGAGCCCUCCGCCCGGCUCUGCAGGCAUGAUGCAGGGGCAUGGAGGUCCGUCACCAGUGCAGUACCAGCACGGUGCUCCUGCGCUGUAUCAAGGCCAGAGCGGCAGCCCGCCUCCCACCGCACUGACUCGAGUCUCCCUACCAACCAAUCAACAAGCAGCAUCUGCCCGCCCCACCGCACCAUUGGCACAGGGUGUACCUCAACAACAGCAGGUGACCAUUCAGGUUCAGGAAGUGGAGCUGGGAGGUGUAGCACAGAGACAGGGCGGCUUUUUGUCCACGCCAGGGCACAGAGUCCUCGGGAAGCAGCUGAGCGCCGACAACGCCGAGACGCACAGUCGCAGCCUCGGUCGCUUCACUUCGGCCUACGACCAAGCUCAGUUUAAUCCCCACCUCUUCCCUGGCGACGCCGCCUCCCGGGCCGCCUACAGCCACUACCUGCAGGGGGCCUCGCUCAAAGUCCCGGGCCUGGAGGAGUACCAGAGCGGGGCGGUUGGGACCGGCACCUACGGCCCCCCUUCUACACUACAGCAGGCCCUGCUCUCCCCGACUCCCUUGGAGUACCGCCCCCCACAACAGCACGUCACUCCCACCCUGCAGGGCCUUCUGUCCCCCCGCCACUCUCUAACAGGCCACGCCGACCCCCGGCUGCCGGCCCAAGACCUGGCUGCCCUGCUGAAGAGGCAGAGCCCCCGGCCGUGCUCGGCGACCCCCACACCGCCCAGCGGCGCAUCCCAAGAGUAUGAAGAGAUGCUGCUUCUCCGCCAGCUGAGCCAGGGCGAGAGCUUGGAGUCACAGGCGCAGCAGAGCGCCCCCGGAGGCCAACACUAUCACCACCUCCUCCAGAUCCGACCCCCAGAGGUUCAGCCACAGCAGCACCAAGCCCAGGCACCUUGCCCAAGCUUGGCUCACUCGGAGAGCAUGGAGGAGGACGAGGCGCCAGCUGCCUACCACCACCCGCACGAGGGCCUGCUGGCAAAGGCAGGAGAAGGUCAUGAGCUCCUGGGGCCUCCCCGAGGAGGCACCCCGCCCUACAACUCUCCUACACACAGGCAUGGCGGCUUCAUUAGGAAUGCUCCAGCAGCUAGAGAAUCUGAGCAUGUGGAGUGCAGGCCUCAGGGGCAGGCCAUGGAGGUGCCUGAUCAUAACGGUGUGGGCUAUUCGCGAGGUCCCCAGGGUGACGCCUAUAGGUCCCGUGGACAGCUACAGCGCCACCACACCAUCCAGACGUGUGACGACGCCUAUGAUCAGGCAGAGCCCAUGUCGGGAAUGAGCCUGUUGGCCGGGAAGGCACUAAGCUCGGCUCGCAUGUCGGACAUUCUCAGCCAGACGUCACUGACGGGAAGCCAGCAGCUGCGCCAGCGAGAAGAGUCGGCGUGUGAUGUGGAAGAGGAGCUCCAUGCGGCAGCCUGCUACCCCUCCUCCUGCACCAGUGACAUGCUCCUCAGCUACAAGCCCCCUGACCUGCAAUACAGCAUGGAGCAGGCUGGGGUCUAGCACAGGAAGGGGUGUAUCCUGUGUACAGCGGUCCAUAUCAGCCAUCCUGAGUUCAUGUUGACUUGAGUUGAGCAGCAUCACGCCAAACCACCACCGUUUUUCUGCCCAAACGGGGGCGCUCUACGUCCAUCUGUCUGUCUCCAUCUGUCCUUGGGAGGGCAUUCUACGCAAGAGAGAGA